AUGGCGUCGCAUCAGCUUGCCAUAGCUAAAGCCUCGUUCUCUGCGAGUCUCCUUCGACGCGAUCCAACACCAGUCUCUAGAGAAGUCAUCGCAGAGUUUCAUAGCCAUCUGAAUAACGUCAUACUACAAUGCUCGUCAAUAAAUGUCCAGAAAUGCAAGCAAUGGAUAUUGGAACACAUUGUACAAUCUGCAGCAAGGUUUACUGCGCUGGGAAAAUAUUUAACAGUUCUUACGGCAUCAUUCACCAAAUCCUUAAGCGGCGAGCCUUCAAUUAAGCGUAAGCGCAUGCAUAUACUCUACCUUCUUAACGACAUCCUCUACCAUUGCAAGUACCGAAUCAACGAUGCAUCUGUUUGUGGCAAGAUUCAACCGGUAUUGGUUAAUCUAAUAGGAAGCACCGCUUCAUUCAAAGAUUGUCCAAAGCAUCAGCAAAAAAUUCAGGAUCUAUUAAACAUAUGGGAAGAGAAAGGGUAUUACUCCAAUGAAUACAUCGGAAAGCUGCGCGAAGCAGUAAAGAUUGCUUCUGAAGUCGGUCAAUUUAAUGAAGAAUUGACUGGGUCGGCAGAAAAUGGAGAGCAAGGUCUUGCGCCAAAGUUGAACAAGUCCGCACCAUUUGUCAUGCCAGCAACGCAUGGCGACACAUCAAUGCCUUGGUUCGAUUUACCUGCUGGAAAUUUGAUGCCGCAUAUCGUUCCCAACUCAACUAGACCAAUAAAUCCAGAUAUGGUUAAACCAUUGCAGUUUGUCGCCGGACCCGCGGAUGAGAAUCUCGUUAUUGCUGUGAAAGCUCUCCUGGAUGAUGUUCAAACAAUUUUCGGUGCGGAACCUGGCCAGGACGAAAGAAGUGUGUCUGAUGUGGACGAGCUCGGUCAGCCAAUCAUCCUAGAUGAGAUUACUGGCGAAAUACUUGACGGAGAGGGUUAUUAUGGAUGGUCAAGAGUGUUCUGUGAGAGGAUGAAGAGACGCCGCAAGGGACUGGAUCCAUUUGGCGAACGUGGUCAACACAGUCAAAGUGAGAGCUUGAGCCCACAGAGAAAACGGCGCCAUAGCGAUUCAGAAGAUUCAGAGAGAAGUUUCGUAGAAAGAAGUCGCCGGGAACGACGCUCAUACAGCUCUUCGCGGUCACUAUCCCCGGAUCACGAAAAUUGUUCCAAGUAUGAUGGUCGUUCCAGGUCGCCUUCAAAAGGCAUGCGACAAGACCAUGGCGCAUCGGGUGACAACGACAAAAGUCAUUCUUCGAGCGGCUCUCCCAAUCAAUCUGUCGGGAACGGGAAUCUACCAAUACCUGAGACUUAUAAUAUGGCCGCAAUACCUGCCCAACAAAGUGGUUUCUCCUCAAAUCAGACCUACACAAAUCCAUCAAUGCCGUACCAGCCGUACCAGCAAGGUUUCAAUCAAGGAUUCCCUCUAAAUAUCACUCAACAUCAAGGUUCAAUGCCGUGGCCACCGCCUCCUCCCCCAGGGCCUCCACUUUAUCCCAACAUGCCUUUCAACCCUGUUAAUCCACAAUGGCCGCCACCACCUCCUCCUCCCAUGCCUAAUGUUUCUUCAAAUUUUCAACAACCCCCGGGUGGUUAUCCUACUGGGCCUACGGGUUGGCAACCAUUGGUACAGGGAGGUCAAGGGAGAGGCUACAACAAAGGAUGGAACAAUUCUUAUGGUGGGCAAGGUAGAGGCGGUAGAGGAAAUUAUAGGGGUAGAGGAGGUUGGUCAUGA